AGCUCCUGCGUGACGUCAUGUUGGAGCAGAAGAGAUAAGAGAACGGUCAUAGGAAGGAAGUUCUGUUUCCUGCUGUGUCUCUCGGUGUUGUAGAAGAUUGUCUGCUCGUCUCGUCAAUCUCGCGUAUCGUCGAAAUGUCGUACGCUUAUCUGUUCAAGUAUAUUAUUAUCGGGGACACAGGAGUUGGAAAGUCCUGUCUUCUUCUUCAAUUUACGGAUAAAAGAUUUCAGCCAGUCCAUGACUUGACAAUAGGAGUCGAGUUUGGUGCUCGUAUGAUUACCAUUGAUAGCAAGCAAAUUAAACUGCAGAUAUGGGACACUGCAGGCCAAGAGGCAUUUCGUUCUAUAACAAGGUCAUAUUAUCGUGGAGCAGCUGGAGCUCUGUUGGUAUACGACAUUACACGUAGAGAAACUUUUAAUCAUCUUACAACAUGGCUGGAGGACGCAAGGCAACAUUCAAAUUCUAAUAUGGUUAUCAUGUUAAUCGGUAACAAAAGUGAUCUAGAUAGUCGAAGAGAAGUAAGGAGAGAAGAAGGUGAGGCUUUUGCACGGGAACAUGGUCUUGUGUUUAUGGAGACUAGUGCCAAGACUGCAGCCAAUGUAGAAGAAGCGUUCAUCAAUACAGCAAAAGAAAUUUAUGAAAAAAUACAGGAGGGUGUCUUUGACAUUAAUAAUGAGGCAAACGGCAUUAAGAUUGGACCACAACAUUCGCCAACAAGUCCUGGAGGUUUAGCAGGAACUGGUGGACAAGGCAGUACGCAGGGUGGUGGGUGUUGCUAGGGGCUGGGGCUUAUCUGUCCAUCGCUUCAUCCUUCUCCGAUCUGAAUUGACCCUACUUCUGUUCUUCAUUUUAAUCCAACACACUUACUUUGUACAACUUAAUUUUGCGUAUGUCGUGUCAUGAGGUAACAAGUGACAAUUAAUGUAUUUAUUAGUUCAAAUAAUCUUAUACAUGUAAUAAGUAGGAUUAUUGUAAGACAAAAAUGUUAUACAUCAUGAAAAUCAUGAACCAUUAAUAAAGUUUUUGUU